AUGCAUAUCGGCACUGUCAUUGCCCUUUCGGCAUCCAUUUUGCUGACGCCCGUUCACGGAAUUAAUAUUAUCUCAUCCAACGAUGAUGGCUGGGCCGAAGUAAACAUUCGUGCUCUGUUUCAAUCGCUGGUGGAUGCUGGUCACUCCACUGUCGUGUCGGCCCCGGCUGAGAAUGAGAGCGGAACAGGAUCGUCGUCGGCGACACCAAGUGUCCUCGCCAAGCCAUGCGAGUUUAAUAGCUGUCCAUCAGGCAGCCCAUCCAUGGGAUAUAAUGCUUCAGAGCCCCGUCUGAAUUAUGUCAAUUCAUAUCCUGCGACAUCAAUGGCCUACGGUAUCAACACAACCGGACCAGAAUUCUUCGAUGGUGCCCCGGAUCUUGCGGUGACAGGUCCAAACGUUGGCUCUAAUAUUGGCUUAGAGGCUUUCUUUUCUGGGACUGUAGGAGCAGCCACAUACGCGGCCCAUGAUGCUGGAAUUCCAGCAAUUGCUUUUUCCGGAGCGACCGGGGCUCAGACUGCGUGGAAUGCUUCUUCAACUUUCCCCAAUUACAGCCAGGUUUAUGCAGAUUUAUCGGUCAACUUGACCAAUGCAUUGAUCGAUUCGGGCACACCAUACUUGCCUGACGACGUUUGGCUGAAUGUGAACUUUCCCUCCGUGUCUGAUUCUGAGUGCUCAAGUGCAGCCGAUUUUAAUUUUGUUUUGACACGAAUUCAUGUCGCUUUACCACUUAUCACUCCAGACGAUGUGACUACGUGUGGUAGUUCACGUCUACCGAGCGAGUAUGCGUUGGCUCUGACCUCUGGUUGUUAUGCUAGUGUCUCGGUAGGAAUCGCAAGCACCAAGGAAGAUGCAAACGCCACUAUCCAGGGAGUUGUUUUGAACAAGCUGAGCAAUCUGCUUACAUGUAUAAUUUGA